CCAACUGAGAACAAACAACGAACAGCUACUUGAUCAUCGCAACAGGGGCUCGCCUUUAUGAGUUUGUGUUUCCUGUUUUUCUUUUGGGCGCACGCAGUACCGCGAAGGUCCAUUCAUGCAGUGAGUCCGGACACAAACCAUGAUAUCCCGCAGUCGAAACCACUAAUCCAUCCUCAAACGUUUGGCUUCCCAGACCUCAUCGGGCGGAACUGUUUUCGCACACGCGACCCUACGUGCGUUUGGCGGAUCGUGUUCGCGUCUCCAUCGUCCCCAAGUGCGCACGGUCAGACUGCUCUCCCGCGCUCUGCACAUCACCAAGUCGCACGCUGCUGGCUCUGAUCGCCCUCACUAGAGCUGUGCGCUCACUCCCAACAGGUUGCUGAGCCAAAGAGCCAAAAGAGGGGAAUAGGUUGCAGACCGGUCUAGUCUGGGAGAUUCACAGUUGGGAUCUUAUACUUUUAGUUGAUUUCUCAUCCCUUCCUCUUGUGUGUUUGUGCGUUGAUGCUGAAUACAAAACGGACCACUAUCUAGUCUGUUGUUUUUUUUCACCAUAUCCUCAUUCCGCAUGGAGGUCGUGACCAACAUUGUCGUGGAGUGGAUGACAGAAGAACUAAUGAUGGAUAAAAACACAUCCUAAAUACAAACUAAAAAACACAGGACCGAACGGAUUAGCAACGCAGAGCGCCGCGGAUACACCUUCUAUGUCUCCAAUUUGGGCUUCAGGUCUCCUGCCUGGCGGCGGCAGGUGCAGAGGUAGCAGCACCCAGGAGGGCUGAGGGGGAGACGACGAUGUCCCAGCUGUACUACCGGAGGACCGACAACUCGUCGUACCGCGACCGCAUCCCCCUGCGGAUAGUGCGGUCCGAGUCGGAGCUGUCCCCGCUGGAGAAGGCCUACCUGGGGGCCGUGGAGAAGGGCGACUACGCCAGCGUCAAGCAGGCCCUGGAGGAGGCGGAGAUCUACUUCAAGAUCAACAUCAACUGCAUCGACCCGCUGGGCCGCACGGCGCUGCUGAUCGCCAUCGAGAACGAGAACCUGGAGAUCAUCGAGCUGGUGCUGAGCUUCAACGUGUACGUGGGCGACGCCCUGCUGCACGCCAUCCGCAAGGAGGUGGUGGGCGCCGUGGAGCUGCUGCUCAACCACAAGAAGCCCAGCGGCGGGAUGCAGGUUCCUCCCAUCCUAUUGGACAAGCAGUUCUCUGACUUCACUCCUGACAUCACUCCAAUCAUUCUGGCCGCUCACACCAACAACUACGAGAUCAUCAAGCUGCUGGUGCAGAAGGGCGUGUCCGUGCCCCAGCCUCACGAGGUACGCUGUAACUGCGUGGAGUGCGUGUCGAGCUCCGACGUGGACAGCCUGCGACACUCUCGCUCCCGCCUCAACAUCUACCGGGCUCUGUCCAGCCCGUCGCUGAUCGCCCUGUCCAGUGAGGACCCCUUCCUCACCGCCUUCAGGCUGAGCUGGGAACUGCAGGAGCUCUCCAAGGUGGAGAAUGAGUUCAAGUCUGAGUACGAGGAGCUGUCCCAGCAGUGUAAGCAGUUUGCCAAAGACCUGCUGGACCAGACCAGAAGCUCCAGAGAGCUGGAGAUGGUCCUCAACUACAGAGACAACGUCAACCUGCUGGAAGAGGAGAGCAACAACGAUCUGGCCCGGCUCAAACUUGCCAUCAAGUACCACCAGAAAGAGUUCGUGGCGCAGCCCAACUGCCAGCAGCUGCUGGCGUCGCGGUGGUACGACGAGUUCCCGGGCUGGCGCCGGCGCCACUGGGCGGGAAAGUUCCUCACCUGCGUCUUCAUCGGUCUGCUGUUCCCCGUCUUCGCCAUCUGCUACCUCUUCGCCCCCAAGAGCCGCUACGGCCUCUUCAUCCGCAAGCCCUUCAUCAAGUUCAUCUGCCACACGGCGUCCUACCUGGCCUUCCUCUUCCUGCUGCUGCUGGCCUCGCAGCACGUGGUCAGCACCGAGCCAGACCGCCAGGGCCCGCCGCCCACCCCCGUGGAGUGGAUGAUCCUGCCCUGGGUCCUGGGAUUCAUCUGGACAGAGAUCAAGCAGAUGUGGGACGGCGGCUUCCAGGACUACAUCCAUGACUGGUGGAACCUCAUGGACUUCGUCAUGAACUCCCUCUACCUGGCAACCAUCUCGCUGAAGAUCGUAGCCUACACCAAGUACAGCGGCUGUAAGCCCCGCCACCUGUGGGAGAUGUGGCACCCCACCCUGGUGGCCGAGGCCGUGUUCGCCAUCGCCAACAUCUUCAGCUCGCUGCGACUCAUCUCCCUGUUCACGGCCAACUCCCACCUGGGCCCGCUGCAAAUCUCCCUGGGCCGAAUGCUGCUGGACAUCCUCAAGUUCCUCUUCAUCUACUGCCUGGUCCUGCUGGCGUUUGCAAACGGGCUGAACCAGCUGUACUUCUACUACGAGACCAAGGCGGCCGAGGGGAAGUGUAAGGGCAUCCGCUGCGUGGAGCAGAACAACGCCUUCUCCACGUUAUUUGAGACUCUGCAGUCUCUGUUCUGGUCCAUCUUCGGCCUGAUCAACCUGUACGUCACCAACGUGGACGCCGACCACCAGUUCACCGAGUUCGUGGGCGCCACCAUGUUCGGCACCUACAACAUCAUCUCACUGGUGGUGCUCCUCAACAUGCUCAUCGCCAUGAUGAACAACUCCUACCAGCACAUCGCCGACCAUGCAGACAUCGAGUGGAAGUUCGCCCGGACCAAGCUGUGGAUGAGCUACUUUGAGGAGGGGGGCACCCUGCCCUCCCCCUUCAACAUCAUCCCCAGCCCCAAGUCGGCCUGGUACCUCACCUGCUGGAUCAAGAGACAGGUGUGCAAGAGGACCCGCUCCCAACGCCCCAAGACCUUCGGGACCCUGGGGAGGCGGGCAGCGGAGAACCUGAGGAUCAACCACCAGUACCAGGAGGUUCUGAGGAACCUGGUGAAGCGCUACGUAGCCGCCAUGAUCAGAGAUGCCAAGACAGAGGAAGGCUUGACGGAGGAGAACUUCAAGGAGCUGAAGCAGGACAUCUCCAGCUUCCGCUACGAGGUGAUGGGCAUGAUGAAGUCGGGGAAGUCCGCCCUGCCGGGGGCCAAGGCCGGUGGCAGCCCCGGGGAGUCGGCGCUGGCCUACCCCAACGCCGCCCUGAAGGUGACCUCCCCUUCCGCGGCGGCGGCGGCGGCGGCGGGCGGCAAGGCCAAGAGCAAGCUCAACCUGUUCCGGGUCACGGCGGCCAUCCUGAAGCGGGGCGGCGGGGGGGGGCCCACGCCGGCCCCCCGGCCGCCGGGGGCCUUCAACGGGCUGCCCAACGGCCUCCCGCCCACCGAGGCGCCGGGCCAGAGCUCCGACGCCGCAGACGAGAAGGCGGGCCAGAGGCAGAACUUCCCCCGGGACACGGGCGAGUUCAGCCUGUUCCACCGACGCCUGGCGGGCUCGGCGGGCGCCGCGGCCGGGGUCGCUCUCAACAUGUACUCUUUACCGGAGGAAGCCGGGGAUUCUGGGAAGGCGGAGCAGGAGGCCCGAGGCCCGGCAGCCGGAGGGGCACGGGGGGCGGCCGGGGAGGGGGAGCGCGGACUGCAGGAAGGAGGACGGGGAGUGCGGCGGAGGGACAUCCUGGGCCGGGAUGAAGCUGGACCAGGAGGAGGAGGAGGAGGAGGGGGAGGGGGAGAAGGCGAUAGAGCUGGAGGAGCGGGAGAGCUUCCUGGGCGGGGAGACGGCGGAGGAUGACUACGGACUGCGGGCCGUGCAGACGGGACACUCGGGAGCGGUGGAGGAGGGGCCCUGAGUGUGGGUGGGACGUCAAAUCAACCACACAUCAGAAGACAGACACCCGAAGACGGACAAUCAACGAAGGGAUUACUCGGUCUUUUAGGUAUUCUUUUGUUCUCGCGUUUUGAUUGUCGGCAAAUAAUUGAUAGGUUUUCCAUUCAUAGGGGAACUAUAGAUCAGCUUUGAUCACUCAAGGCUCAGGGAGGCUUUUCAUUUGGAACAGACUCCAGUGGUCUCCAUACCGCUGUCAGAGGUCGGACUAACCUUGAUCAUGCUAGGAUCAUAUGGACGCGGGGAUUGUGUCAUUGGUUUCCAUCAGUGGGGGGGUCAAAAUAUAGUUCCGGAUUUUGCUCUUUUUUACUGGAUGUUCUUUACCUUUUAUCUGUUUUAUCUGCUUACCUUCUCUGGUUUUCUGUCUCUGUCUCUGUCUCUCUCUCUCUCUCUCUCUCUCUCUCUCUCUCUCUCUCUCUCUCUCUCUCUCUCUCUCUCUCUCUCUCUCUCUCUCUCUCUCUCUCUCUCUCUCUCUCUCUCUCUCUCUCUCUCCUUCUCUCCUUCUAUCUAUCCAUUCUAUGUUCCUUUUUCUCUCUCUAGGGAGUGUUCCAAUCCGUCUCCCUUUCUGCCUCUGUCUCUUUCUCUUCAUCUCCAGAACCCCAGCCAAUGUUAACCUCUCGGUGUUCCCCUUUUUGGCAUUGUUUAAAAAAGAUACGCAAUAGAGACAUUGUAUUUUGAGACCUGACCAUGCCUUACUCUUUUUCUGCACUUUACAUAGAAACAUGUAGAAUAUCUCAAAUAUAUAUGAGGGCGGUUUUGACCCUCAACGUAUCGAUUUUCUAUGCAAAACAAACACGAAAUGACUCAUCCAACGCAUGAAGUUAUAAAUACUCAACAGGAACUAAUUAACCCGGAUAAAACAGACUUGUUUAACUGCUGUGGGAAGGGUUUAAUAUAGAAACUAUGAUACCAUAUUCAUAUGUUCUACGAUAGGAUUAGCUCAACACUUGUUGGAUUGCUUGGAUGAUCUCGUUGGCGGAGGAAUCUGAUUCAAUGCUUUGGUUCUUACAUAAGUUUUGAGGGCCGAUGUCAACGUAGUGACAGAAGUGCAUCGAAAAUAAACCCAAGAAUAAAUGUCAAAGAAACUGGACUUUAAA